AUGCAGUUCUCCAUCUUCAGCAUCCUGGUUAUUGCCACCGUCGCCAUGGCGGCUCCCCAAGCCUCUUGCAACAACGGCGCAGUUUACUACUCGGAUCAAAAGACUCUUGAGCCUUGCAAGUCCAGCUGUGUUGGCGGUACUUGCGCUUUCGUUGGCACCUGUGCUACUGACCCCAAUGUUCCUCUUCUCUGCUUGGCCAAGUGCACAUGCUAG